AUGUCUGGCAAAACGGUUCUUGUUACCGGCGCCACGGGACUUCUUGGACGACAGGUCGUCCGAGCCUUUGAACGAAAGGACUGGACCGUCAAGGGCACCGGUUUCUCGAGAGCCGAUGGGAUAUCGGUCCUCAAGGUUGACCUUGGAAGCGCUGCAGAGGUCGAGAAAACCUUGGACACCGUCAAGCCUCAGGCGUUGGUGCACUGCGCAGCCAAUCGAUUCCCUGACAAGUGCGACAACGACCCCGAGGGCACGCGCGCCCUGAACGUUGCCGCCUCAAAGUCGCUUGCAAAUCUCUGUGCAGCUCGAGAUAUCUUCCUGAUCUACAUCUCAACCGAUUAUGUAUUCCCUGGAAAGCCUGGCGAUGCCCCGUACGAAGCGGAUGCUCAGCCUGCGCCUACAAACCUAUACGGGCAGACAAAGUUGGACGGGGAAUAUGCUACUCAGGAGGCGUUCAAGGCGGCAGGGAAGCCGGGUCUGGGUGUCGUACUCAGAGUUCCAGUGCUGUACGGCGAUGCAGAGACCCCCUCUGAAAGCGCUGUCAAUGUUCUUAUGGAUUCGGUCUGGAAAGCCCAGGAGGAGGGAGCCAAGAUCAAGAUGGAUCACUGGGCGCUUCGUUACCCGACCAACACUGAGGAUGUCGGACGAGUCUGUCAUGAUGUCACAGUCAAGUAUCUGGAGGCUGGAGACCGUUCGUCGCUACCGCAAACUCUACAGUUCUCCUCAGAGGAUAGGUACACCAAGUACGAGAUCUGUAAGGUCUUCAGCGAGAUUAUGGGGCUUCCAAUGGCAGCUAUUGAAGCUAAUACCGAGGGAAACGACCCCAAGGCGAGCGUCCAACGGCCCUAUGAUUGCCACUUGAGCACCAAGGCUUUGAAGGACCUCGCUAUUGAUGUCUCGACCCAAGACUUCGUUGGCUGGUGGAGAUGGUCUGUCCGAGCUUUCAGAAAAUGA